UCCUCCCGGUCACUGCAAUUGUCCCUUCCUCUGCCGCCACAUUGCACAGAGAGGCAUAUCGCAUUCUCGGGCAUGGGGAGUCUCUAGAGCGACAGCUGGACUUUCACUGCACUCAUAUCAGCACCGCCGCUGCGACCCACUCCCCAAAACCCCGAUCCAUCCCUUGCAUACCAUUAGACGACUACCACCAUGAAGCUCGACGUAAAGAGACAGCUGUUUGCGCGCAGUGAGCGUGUCAAGGGCAUCGACUUUCACCCCACCGAGCCAUGGAUCCUCACCACUCUUUACAGUGGCCACGUCUACAUCUGGUCGUACGAAACACAAUCCAUCGUCAAAACAUUCGAGCUGGCCGAUGUGCCUGUGCGAGCCGGUCGCUUCAUCGCUCGCAAGAACUGGAUAGUCUGCGGAAGCGAUGACUUCCAGCUGCGAGUCUACAACUACAACACUUCCGAGAAGAUUACGAGCUUCGAAGCACAUCCCGACUACAUUCGCGCCAUCGUUGUUCACCCCAGCCAGCCUUUCGUUCUGACUGCUAGUGAUGACAUGACGAUCAAGCUUUGGGAUUGGGACAAGGGCUGGCAAUGUGUGCAAGUCUUCGAGGGGCACAACCACUAUGUGAUGGGCCUUGCGAUCAAUCCCAAGGACACAAAUACCUUCGCCUCGGCAUGUCUCGAUCGGACUGUGAAGAUUUGGAGUUUGGGCUCAAGAACGGCAAACUAUACUCUGGAAGCGCAUGAGACGAAAGGAGUGAAUCACGUCGACUACUAUCCGCAGUCUGACAAGCCAUAUCUUUUGACGACUUCCGAUGAUCGGACAGUCAAGAUCUGGGACUAUACAACAAAGGCGCUAAUUGCGACAUUGGAAGGCCACACAUCGAAUGUGUCGUUUGCCUGCUACCACCCGGAGCUGCCGGUCAUCAUUUCCGGCUCAGAAGAUGGCACGGUCAAGAUAUGGCAUGCUAACACAUACCGGCUCGAACAGUCGCUCUCAUACGGCUUGGAACGCGCAUGGUGUGUUUCGUACCAGCGCGGAAAGCAGGGCAUUGCCAUGGGUUUUGAUGAUGGUGCAGUCGUAGUGAAGAUGGGUCGUGAAGAGCCAGCAGUCUCAAUGGAUGGAUCCGGCAAGAUCAUUUGGGCACGACAUUCGGAAAUCCUCACAUCUGUCAUCAAAGGUGGUGACAAAUCUGUCAAGGAUGCACAGCCUAUAUCUUUGCCUUCAAAAGAUCUUGGCAGCACUGAAAUUUACCCUCAAACAUUGCUCCACUCACCAAAUGGACGAUUCGUGGCUGUCUGUGGAGACGGCGAGUACAUCAUCUACACAGCACUUGCACUUCGAAAUCAAGCCUUUGGGUCAGCACUGGACUUCGCUUGGGCGUCAAAAGACAAUGACAAGGACUAUGCGAUCCGGGAAUCACAGUACUCGGUCAAGAUCUACCGCAACUUCAAGCCAAAGGGGGGCGACGGCACAGUCAACGUUGGCUACACUGCAGAUGGCUUGAGUGGUGGUGUCCUACUUGGUAUCAAAGGCCAAGGUGGAAUUGGCUUUUUUGACUGGGAAACUGGCAAGCUUGUUCGCCGCAUCGAAGUCGAGCCUAAGAACGUCUACUGGUCAGAGUCGGGUGAGCUUGUUGCUCUAGCAUGCGAGGACACGUUUUAUGUACUCCGCUACUCGAGGGAGCAAUAUGUGGCUGCUGUGCAGUCUGGCGCCGUGGAAGACGAUGGUGUUGAGGAUGCCUUUGAAGUGGUUUGCGACAUCAACGAGAGCGUACGAACCGGACAGUGGGUGGGUGAUUGCUUCGUCUACACCAACAGCACGAAUCGCCUCAACUAUCUGGUGGGUGACCAGACAUACACUGUCUCGCACUUCGACCAGCCAUACUACGUUCUGGGUUACCUCACACGCGAUGGGCGUGUCUACGUCUGCGACAAGGAUGUCAACGUCAUUUCAUUUGCUCUCUCUGUCAGUGUCAUUGAAUUCCAGACUCUGGUACUCCGAGGUGAGCUUGAGUCUGCAAUGGCAAUGCUGGAAGAGGGUGAGAUUCCCGAAGAGCAGAAGACGAAGAUUGCACGGUUCCUCGAGGGCCAGAACUACAACGAAGAAGCUCUUCAGGUGUCCACAGACAACGAGCAUCGAUUUGAGCUCGCACUCGGACUUGGAGAGCUAGAUAUCGCGCUUGACCUCGCCAGACAGGCUGACGUCGAGCACAAAUGGAAGACCGUCGGCGAUGCGGCACUGGCCCGGUUCAACAUUGCUCUCGCCGAGGAGUGCUUUCGUAGCGCCAAGGACCUGAGCUCUCUCCUCCUUCUUUACACAUCAUCGGCCAGCGAGGAUGGUCUGCGGUGGGUGGCAAGCAAGGCGCAAGAAGUCGGGCAACACAACGUCGCCUUUACAUGCCUAUGGAGUGUUGGAGAUGUCGACGCAUGUCUCGACCUUCUCAUCAAGACCGAUCGACUUGCGGAAGCCGUUCAGACUGCACACACAUACAAGCCUUCGCGGCUGUUGGAGAUUGUAGGGCUGUGGAAGGCGUCAUUGGAGAAGAUUGGAAAGGGAAAAGUGGCGCGACUGAUUGGCUCCCCUGACCAAGAUCCGGAUAUGUUCCCCAACUUUGAAGAGUCUUUGCGACUAGAGCAAGAAGGUGGCGGACACGCCGAUCUGAUAGACGUGAACGGCGGCGAAGAGGAGACCCAAGCCACUGCCGAGGCGGAUCAGGAAGAGGUGGAGGCCGAGCAAGAGGUGGAGCCCGAAGCCGAAGCCGAAGAAUAGAGCAAAACAAGUAGUGAUAUGAUAGCGAAAAUUCUUGAUCCCAUUCCUGGGGUUCAUAUGUGCAAGAUUCAAGGACAGCUUGUAGCGUCGCGACGUAAUGAACAUUAUCUACAGGUAUAAUUUGUCCUCGAAUUUCGAAACCUCGGGAUCAGAUAUGAACAGAGUGCAAUCGAUAUUACCCUUCAUGAUCCCUUGCAAACACCCCCAACGAGCACUGUGUUGUACCCGCAGCAUGUCAAUAGUCUAAGGUAGGCAUCAGUCUUCACUUGCCGUCAAGGCAUGUUGGUUGAUU